GUCCUGAGAUGACGCUUUCUUUGCUGUUAAAUCUGGAAGUAUACGAGAUAAUCCCUGGAACUGUUGCUGAUGCUGGUGUGAUCCUCUCCAUUCACGACUCCAGUGACACCCUUUCCAUACAGUACAGCACUGGCAUCCACCUGGAAGCAGGAAAAAUGGUCACCAUUCCGAUAAAUGAAGUCAGAAGAUUGUCACGGUACAAGCAGUACUGCGGUCGUCGUGCUGUCGGGCCGUUUUCUCCGAUGCAAUAUUCAAGAGCAGGCUGCCAGUGGGUUGCAACAACUCUGGAAGUAGAGAAAGCCUGCCGAUGUCAUCCUCUCAAUAGCCCAUUCAAUCAGUAUUAUUUCGGUGGAAAGAAAA